UGAAGGUCUAACACGUCGUUUUGGAACAAUGAAAAGGAUUUUGUUUUAGUUUACUGGUCAUUGGAUGAUUGCAGAAGGCUUUAAGACAUGGACUUCGGAAGUUUCACAGAUGGUACCAGAUUCCGUUCCUGUGAUUAGGCAUUCCCUGUUACCGAAGACCAUACCGGCCUGGGGACCACUUUGUUGAUCAAAAAUGGAAAACAUUGUGGACUCGUGUCCACAUAACAAGACAGAGGUACUGGAAUCCUCCAUCAGGUUGGGUUGUGGUCAGGAUCAGUAUGGAAAUGAUCAGUACAUCUGUGUCCCUAACAUUGACAAAGCAGGACUUGUAGAAUUCUGUUACAGUGGGAUCAUGGGGAUAAUAGAACAAGGUUACUGUUUGGAAACCGACGGAGAAAAACUUGUUCAAUUCAACUGCAGUAGAUUCUCAUCAGGCUGUCCGGGGAAAUAUUAUCGAAGCAAUAAGAUAUUCAAUUAUCCUGCUUGUCAAGGCAUCAAUACUGAACAAAAUUGUUAUUUUGCUGAAUCCUCAUGUCCAAAUAUCUCAUUGAGCACUGUUACCAGCAACACAACAUUUGAUUUGCAAAUAACAACACCCGCUCCUCAAUAUGAACCAUCGUAUUUAGCAGAGAUUGCAGGCGGUCUGAUUGCUGGUGUAUUUGUACUUGUUGUUAUUCUGACCAUAGCUGUUGUCUUUUGGAGAAAAAGAAAGGUUCAGAAAAAUGAGGAACAUAAAGGCAAACCAUGCAUGGUCUUCAGACGGAAACAUAUUGAAUAUGAUGAGGAUUAUUGGCAGGUUGAAAAUGAGAAGAUGUUGCCAGGAGAGACGACAGAAACUCAAGAUAUAGUUAAUACAACUGAGACGAUUUAUCAAAAUACACAAGAAAAAAAUGAAAACAAGACACAAGAGCAAAGUAACAAAAAUGUGCAGGAUCAAAUUGACAACAAUUCACAAGAGCAAAUUAGCAAAACUACGCAGGAGGAAAUUGAUAACAACAUGCAAGAGCAAUUUAACACCAAUACCACAGAGCACAGUGAAAACUACAGGGAAAUGGACUUCACUGGUGACUCCUCUACUGAGUGGCUACUGUCUAUUAAUGAUUCUGAGUAUGAAGAUCCCUUCGUGGGAAAAUACAGCGCUUGGAAAACAAAAAUAUCAGAUAAGUUCUCAGAACUGACUGACGACGAGGUGUACGUGUUAUUCUGUUUUCUGUGUUCUGACUCCGGUCCUCCUGACUUCACUGACACAGAGUGGCUGGACAUGCUUAAUGGGAUACGACAGUCCUAUAAACAGAAUCCUGUAACACGUGAGGAAGCACAACAGACUCUGGACAGACUGAAGUCACGUGAUUACGUCUGGGAAGAUGAUGACAAGAUAAUGAAGGAUACAAAGGAUGAGACAAUGUAUAGAAUAGCAUCAAUAAGGAGUUAUAUACCAUUCUUUUACAGUAGUUAUGACACAGCCAGUGUGUACCUGAGAUCAUGGAGAUACAAUAGAAAACCUGGAGAGAAGUGUGUCAGUAGUCUUGGCUGUGAUCGCUUACUGAUACGCCGUCUACAGAUGAACAUACUGACUCACGUCACCAUGGAGGACACGGAGAUAUAUGAUGAAAUACACCAGAUAUUAAAUAUCCCAGAAAAUAAAAUUAAGAGUAAAGAUGAACGAGAAGAAUUUCUAACGGAACUAAGAAAAGAAGGGGAGGCUGUACAUUACAGAGGAAGACCACAUGACAGUGUAGAUCACGUGACGUGGCUCUGGAGACACAGGUAUGGAGCGAGACCUGACAUCGUGAGAUCCUGUAUAGGUCUAUACCCACACUGGGACCUUUACAUCAUCGACAACAAAACCUAUAGAAAACCAAGUAAAAUCCUUGGCCAUCCAACGAGAGUCAGAUGUUUACUGUAUUGUUUACUUAUAUCUGAUAAAUAUCGGAUUAGUUUCAUAGAACAAACACAGCGAAUCACAAAGGACAAAAUCAGACAGAGGUAUUUCCCUGAUAUAACUGCUGACGGCUCGGUAGAUCUUCCUGAUGAAAUCACAGAAACACGUGACGGUUUGAUAACCUUUAAAUCAGACGACAUCCGACAUGACGUCAUGUACGCCUUUGUUACGGAGUGUCUGUGGAGGACAGUGAUCUGGAGUUUUUCCUGACCACGGCGUCACGUGACGUGGUAUAUGAAUACUGCAGACUCUGGGAUUAUAAGAGGAGUGAGGGAGAGAGAUGUCUGUAUGUACCGGACUGGCCGGAGAAGAUGGAGGACCUCUUCAUAGACAGUCUACAGCUGGACAUUAUCACACACUGUACCGUGUCUGACAUUGGGAUUCGUGACAGGAUCUGUAAACGUUGUAAGUCUCCAAGAUCUGUCACUAAUUAUGUGGUUCACUGGUUUAUGUAGUAUUACCUCUGUGACACUCGAG